AUGACCGUCGGCGCCAUGAAUUUUUAUCUUUCUGGCGGUUUCCACCUGUGGUUCGCUGUCCGCGUCGUUGCACAUGAACUCGUGCAUGUGCUUGGGUUUAGCUACCAACAGAUGGAGGCCAAGAGUGUGGUGCGCACUCUCACCACUAGGGGCUAUGCGGCAAAGUCGUGGACGGUGCUCUCCACGCUUACAAAGGAGAAGUCGCAGGAGCACUUCAACUGCAGCAGCCUUGAGGGCAUGCCCCUGAGGGAUGAAUACGACGAUGUAUCACGGUUGCACUCACACUGGGUUCGGUGGCACGCGAAGGACGAACUGAUUGGCCCCACGGUUGCCACUGGUGCUGGCUUCUACACCGCGCUGACGAUGGCCGCGUUUGAGGAUAUGGGCUUUUACAAGGCGAACUUCAGCAUGGCGGAGACGAUGCGCUGGAGCAAAAACGUCGGAUGCGAGUUUGUCAAUGAAAAGCAGUGCGGGCCGGACGACCACACCAAGUUUCCCGCAAUGUUCUGUUAG